GGGGAUCUGUAGGACCACAGCACAUAACCAACCUACAUGCUUAUUGUGUAAAUCUUUAUUGUGUAAAGCUUUAAAAAAGCUCCUGCAGAAGGAAUUCAAGGAAAGUGUUGUAGCGGCGCAGUGUGAGCAGGUUUCUUCAACAUCAUGACCGACAGGAAAGCUGUGAUCAAAAACGCAGACAUGUCCGAGGACAUGCAGCAGGACGCUGUGGACUGUGCCACCCAGGCCAUGGAGAAGUAUAAUAUCGAGAAAGACAUCGCAGCCUACAUCAAGAAGGAGUUUGAUAAGAAAUACAACCCAACCUGGCACUGCAUUGUGGGGAGAAACUUCGGCAGCUAUGUGACCCACGAGACGAAGCACUUCAUCUACUUCUACCUCGGCCAGGUGGCCAUUUUGCUCUUCAAGUCUGGCUGAGGCAUCUGCGUGAGGUGUGGUGUUGGCUCUCUGACUCGUAACUGCACUGGUGGCUGAUGUCUCCCAUACACUAAUAACAUCCCAUAAAGAUGCAAACGACUGUGCACACUUGCAUGGACUACACACUACUUAAUAUGUAUGUUACAGUAAGUUUAAUUUUUGACAGUUGCCUCUGGGAUGCAGCUGCACUCGCUUUUUGUUAAUGCUGUUAAAUCUCUAGUUUGUGAAAAAACUCAACUCUUGAUUGUACAAUAAAGGGAACCUGUAAAUUAUUACAGUGCAUCUGCUUUCCAUCAGAAAUAACCCUGUAACAGCAUUCCACCAGUCAGUGUAGUUGGUGAAAUCGUGAACUGUACACACAUAAUGGAAAAAA